CACAGGCGCGCGCGCGCACUCUGUUUCUGUGAUUCUCUCUGAAUUCUCGCUGUGUCUCUUUCAUCGUUAUUAAACGCGUUUUGUUUCUCGUUGGUUUCGAGUUACAUGCAGAUUUUUAUUUCUCUAGCGCUUCGACCUUAAAUGGUUUAUUUGGGGGAUUUUUUUUGGAACUAUGAGCUUUAGAAGUCUGCGAGAGGUAGACCGGAGGCUGCCCAUCUCCGGCGACCUGUCCCGGGUGUGAGAGUGAACUCGAGGCCGCCGGCGCUGCGGCCUAGUGCGGCUGGUUUUAUGUUUCUUACAACAGCACAGCAGAGCGCACCGGUAAUUGUCCAUCAGGAACAGCUAUGACGUCAUGUGAUGACAGACUGACAUUGAUUGACAGAUGAUGCUGGAGGUGCAGGUGAGCGAGGCCCUCAGCAUCACAGUCAGAGAAUGAAGAGCGGACACAUGUGUGAAUCCGUGUCACACGCUGCCCGUGACAUGAACCUGAACCACCGUUUGACCUUGACCUCCUGCACGUUCAAACCCGAGUCCGAAUGUCUGGAGGUGUCGGAGCGACUGUGUAACGGUUCCUCUGACCAAUCGGGGUUGGAGAAUUUCAAGUUACACUGUAAUACAAGUGAAGUGGCUCCUGACAGGGUCACGGUGACCUCUGAAGAUGACAGCAGGUCUUUAGCGUCCAGCACUGUUGAAGAUGAAGACCAUCUCACGCCCGAAAUCCAACAGGCCUACAGAAUCUUUCAAAGCUUCCUUUCGGAAAAGCACAAAGCUACGACGGCCCCGUUUUGGCAUCCUGUCGGCCCCGGAUCGCACGGGGAUCAGGCCUCUGACGGCGAGAUGUGUUUCAAAAAGAUGGAUGAGAAGUUUCUGAAUGGAGAGUAUGAAUCCAUCACAGCGUUUGUGGCUGAUUUCAGACUGAUGUUAGAGAACUGUUACCGCUGUCAUGCACUCCAUCACUGGAUGUCCAAACAGGCCCAGAAACUCGAGGUGAUUCUAGAGCAGAAACUCACUCUGCUGUCCAGAACACUGAGAGAGAAAACCACCCUGGCCGUGACAUCUGGAGGACGCUUUGGCACAGAAGAUGAAAAAGCCCCAGCAGGCACAUCAUCCAGACGGCGCUCCGUCCCACGAAACCUCGCGGCCAUCACUGUGGGCGGCAGCGAGUCCAUAUUGGUUCAAGCAUUGAGACUCGAAGAACUGCAGCGAGCCAAAGACGAGAAAAGGCAGCGAGAGCUGGAGAGGAGAGAGGCAGAGGAGGUGUCGGCUAAAGAGCUGGAGGAUUGGGAGCGGUCAUUACUGUCUCUGGCAGAACCGUGGUCAGUCCACAGCAUGUGGGAGCUGCCGGCCAUCGGUCACUUCUUGUGUCUGGCUCAGACGGCUCUAAACCUGCCUGAGAUUGUUUUCUAUGAGCUGGAGCGCUGCUUGCUGAUGCCUCGCUCUAGCUCUUUCCUCUCCAAGGUCAUGACCUCUCUGCUCUGCCCUCCACACAAAAGAUCAACCCUCCACCGUCGCCCGGCGCUAACGUACAGGAAGUGGGAGGCGGAGCUUUGCCGGAGAGUUCAUGGCUGGUAUCUGUCGGUGGGCGGGGCUGAAGAUCAGGUCUCACGAGCUGAACACCUCGGUCUGUGCCAUCAGUUCUUCUGGGCCGUCGGGGAGACGAAUCCGCUGGAGGAGACGCCGUUCCACCUGCUUCCGUUUAACCGCCGCGUUUGGCUUCUCAAGAGCCUCUGUGAUCACGUGUACGAGACGCAGAAAGACGUGCAGGACGCCGUUCUCGGGCAGCCCAUUCACGAGUGCCGUGAGUCCAUCCUGGGCUACGACGGUCGGGAGAACGCCUACAUUCACUUUCCACACUUCUGCGGCGCGGACUUGAGGAUCUACUGCCAGAGUCCCUGUCUCCCGAUGGAGUUUCCUCUUCCGUCGCUCCACGUCAAGAGGUCUGAGGAGGAGCCGAGAUCAGAGGGGUCAGAGGUCAAGGUGAAUGAGUUUCAAUCUGUAGAUCGCGUGAAGGUGGAGAACGACAGCUCCGACAACGCAGAAGUGUGUGCGUGGGGUGUCAAAGAAGAGGAACAGAAACGCUCCUCCAGCGUCCGUUCCCGGCACACACGAGAUCCUGGAGGCGUUCCGCAGGUAGAAGAGUCGUCAGAGCGUGAGACGCGCUUCAGAGUAGGAGGCGGCUGUUACGAAGGCAAAUCUCCAGCUCUGACCUCACGCCGGCACCUUCAGGAGAAACGUCCCUGUACAGAAUGUUCUGAAGCAUGUUCUCACGGUCACAUCUGGAACCACAGCCGGCCUGAAAUCAACCGGUGCAGACGAGACAUUUCCACGGAUGAGACGGCGGAGACGAGGCGUGCGAAGAGAAAGAAAAAGAGCGUGAGGAAGACAAACGCAAGAAAACUGAACGUGAAGAAUCAGAGAACGAAGAAACGUGUGCAGAGAGCGGCCAACCGAACGAAAAAACACAAACUGAGGAAAGUGUUUGACAGUAAGACUGUGUCUGUGAAGAGAAGAACAGGAUCAUCACUGCUGCCGCUGGAACCAUCAUUACAGUUGGUGUGCUCCAGUCUGGAUGAUCUCAGACGUCUCAUCAGUCGAACUGAAGAUGAACUAGAUGAGCUUAACAGCACCAAAAAGAGAUCUGGAAGAUGGCCACACAAGAGAUCCACUGUAAAGGAGUUACACAUCACACUUAUAAGGCUGCUGAAUGAGCUGUUGCCAUGGGAACCCAAACUGGUCAAGGCCUUUCAGAAGAACAGAGCGCGUUUGAAAAAGGAGUGUGACGAUUUCAGAAAACACCCUGAAUAUGAGCACUUCAUCAGAGAGCAGACGGAUAAGGCAGACGCUGAAGAGGUUUCUUUGUGCACGCACACAACAGGAGAACCACAAGAUGAAGUCACGACAUUGAGCGAAGAUUCCGAGAACGCAGUGCACGUAAACGAGCUUGUAAGUCACAAAUCAAGAUGCACAGAUCGCAGGCCUGAUGUCAUCAUGUCAGCUCAUGAGACGGGACCCUUCACACGCGCUUCAAAACGCCGUCACAGUGUGAUAAGUGAAGAUCUGAGCGCAUUGAAGAAAAGUCAAACAGACUCCGAGAGUUCCUCGAGUCCCAGUGUGGAGGCCAGCGAUUUAACAACAAACACACAACCCUCAGAAAGAUGUUCAGUGUUAUCUGUCCGGUGUUUUCAGGGGACUCACAAACCCAUUCAGGCGCUGCUGGCCAGGAGUGUUGGAAACAAAGUGACCUUAAUAAAUCAUCCCAGCGCUGCUAUUAUGGCCCAGAGAGCGCGAGAGGAUAACACAACAUCAGCACCUGCGACACCUGUCCAACCUUCAGCCACCUGCUCACCCACAUCCCGCUCUCAUCCCGUCCCCACGGUAACAUCACAGACAACAUCCACAUCAGAGAGCACUGGUCCGCUGGUGUACAAGACCGCAGGAGGUGUGGGGCUUCUGAAGAGAGGCGGCACUUCAGUGAAGUCUUCAACAUCACAUCACAGACCAGAGGAUAAACGGGUUGUUGUUUUACCUUCGAAUCUGUUGAGACCCGACACUACAGCAGGCUUUACUGUACGUGAAAACAAGGUUCCCAUCCAGCAGGUGGCGCCACUGAAAGACACCGGUGACAUCGGAACACCAGCAGCUGCAGUUUCACCUACUUUAAGAACGUUUCCCACAACUGCUGGACAUAAAAAACCCACUGAACCAAAACAAGAGCUGAGGACCGUGUGCAUCAGAGACUCGCAGUCGAUUCUUGUCACGACUAGAGGAGGAAACACAGGAGUGGUGAAAGUGCAGACGUCAGAGAAGAAGAGAAGCAGCACUUUACCGCACAGCUCCGCUUUUUCCAUCUCUCCACAACUUCAAGCCUUUCUGCUGUCGAAAACUUCCACGUCUGUUCCAUCUUUACCUCCCGUCACACCUCGCUCGAAGGAUUUCAGUUGGUUCAGCUCAUCUACUGUCAGGACGGAAACCUCUUCGGUCACCUGCAGUGAUUCGUCUUCGGGAAGAAGAUUAAUGACGAGUAACGUGCAGACUUCAGUCUCCAAAUGCGCCGCGAAUCCCCCGCAGCAGAUGACAUCAGAUCAGUCCACACUUCAGAAGGUUUUCCUGCUCGACCCGACAUCGAACAGCACCACGACUUCCGCAGCGUGCGCGACGCCGGGGUCAAGGGUCAUGUUUGUCAAUCACCCGUCCGUCUCUAACAACUCGACACUUUCUGUUCCAAAAGGUGUGUGCGCUUCCGACAUUUCCCCGCCCGCGCUCAAAGCCUUGAAGGUGAUUCCCAAUCUGAAGACAAGUUUUGGAAGCAGCGCUGCCGGUCCGGUGAUGAACAUCCCGGGCAUCAGUUUUCCAGGAUUAAACUCAAGAAUGCUGAGCACACGCAAGACCGUGUCGCCUGUGACUGAAGUCUCCGCUAAAACCACACCCGUGAUGUCAACGAACCACACCCUCAGUCAUGAAAGAAGGAAUGAUUCAGGAACCAGUGAUGCCGUUCACAAGACGGCCGCUUCUGCUGACGGAAAGACCUUUACAUUUUCAACACUGGGCACGGGUCACAUGGCGUCCUCUGAGCUGCUGUGUGUCAUGAAGGACCCGUCCACAUCACCUGUGCUCAACGUUCUGAAUAAUAAAUCAGGUUUGGUCGUCGGCGGCUCAGAUUCUUCUUUCUCUUUUUCAGGAAGUUUGAUGAGCAAACGCACUACAAAACCACACGUGAUGUCACCACCCUCAUCUGUUCCUCACACAACACCUGUGACAUCCCAUCCGUCUUCGGUACAAACGCAAACAGGAAGUAGUUCUACAUCAUGUCCUCCUGUAGUCAUGAGCUCCGGGGUGAGAAGCGUGCAGGAGAAGAUUGUGAUCAACACCAGCGCACCGCUGGCUCCUGGAACUCAACUCCUCAUCAAUAACACCAGAUUUCUGGUUCCUCCUCGAGGUCUUGGUGCUGGCAGUCAUGUUCUGCUCAUCUCCAGCUCAUGUCCUGGUGGCGGUGUCGGGUCUGUUCCUCCCAGAGGUCUGAACGCCUCAGUUCCAUCAGUCGUUCAGGGUACAAAAGUGUCGUCGCCUCAGCAGUCACAGGCCAGACUCCCAUCACCCACCACAUCUUCAGAUGGAGUCUGUCAGCAGACGAGUCCUUCUCAAGCUCUUCCUGCUGGUGUGUCCUCAGAACCCAGCUUGGCUAGCGUUGUGAGACUUCCUGUGAUUCAGACCUCAGACCUCACAGUUCAUCCGUCGCCGAGCGCGAGCAGCGGUUCCACGUCUGUCGUCUGUUCUCGUUCGCAGGGACGUUUACUGAGCACAACAUCUGCAGUUCUACAGUCAACAUCAGUUAACACUGUGAUUUCCCAGAAUGCACCAGUGAUGACCAGAGCACCCACUAUAACAAGAAUGCAGAAACUUCCCGUUGCGACGGUUCCACCGAUCGGCUGUCCAGCCACCAUUCCUCCAUCCAUGAACUCUGUUAUAAUGACACCCCGUCAGCCAAUCAGAGCGCUGCAACCCGGAACUAUCGGAACUGUCGUUCAAAGCACAUCCGCUCUACAGAUGAUCAGCGGCACCUUCAGCAAACUGCUGUUGAGUCCAGACGGAGCGGUUCUAAAUAUAAUCCAAACAUCGUCUGACACACACGUUACAAGAAAACCAACGACGGCUCAAGUCAAUCAUCCAAUCACAAGAGUUACUGUAGCUGAUGAUCCACUGAGAUCCCCAACAGAGAAUCCUGACAGACUUGAUCAGUGAAGUCUGAAGAGGAGUGUGUUCGGUGCUUUUUGCCUGAAUUACAUUUCACUGGUUUCAAAACACACCGUAGUGUCAGUUAUGUUUGGAGUUGUAAGUGAUCUUGGUUUUCAUGAAGUGUAGACAUUUCAACAGGCCAGUGAUGUGUUUGUGUGACUGGUGUUUUUUGUACUCAUUUGUAUUCAAGAGACUGAAUGUUGUGUAGCAGUUUUCAUGAUAUGAUUCAUAUUAUUCUUUUUGUUUCAGAGUCGUUCUUUAAUACAAGCGUGUUGUAUUCAGACACGCUCAGGUCGAGUAUUAUCACAUUUGAUCUGAAAACAGUUUGAUUUUUUUGUUUGUAUGAAAACAUGACAAUAAACAUGACAUAUUUAUGACUGAAGAAAAAGCACAGCUGUCUUUUCCGUUGAUUUAACAUUCUUACAGAUUUUUGGAAUAUUCACAUUUUAGCCUUUUAAGACGGACACAGACUGAAAAUAAACACUGCUGUUUUGUGCUGUAAUGUUUUUAUUCUCAUGCAAUAAAGCGUUUAUACAACAGUGAAACUGCA